AUGCCCCCUCAACGCAAACAAGAAGCAAAACUAGUGUGUAUUCAUCCGUCAUGCUCGUCGACUCCGGCUACGAUAGUAGCCUUUGCCCGGGCGAGGGACGCGAGGGUUCACAUUGAGGGUAGACACUACAAGAGUGCCGACCCUUCAGCGGUGUCUAGACACUGUCGGAAUGUGCAUGACUACGCCUCCGGUAAGGAAGUUAUGUGGAAAGAGUCCCUUCCUGAUAGCUACAAGAGCAAAUGGGGAGAGUUCUUGGCCGACAUCGAAUUUCUACAAAACCCCAUUGGGAUAUACGGAUAUUCUCUGGAAGCGAGUAAUACGAACAUCGCAUGCGACAUCUUCAAUCCUUCUGUGCAUCUGGAGCAGCAAACAUCGUUGACAUGGACACCCGCAAUAGACGAAAAUGAGUGGUUGCACGCCGAUAAUGCUUAUCGCACCGAGAUCAGCUGCGUAGUAGAUAACUUUUGGAAAAACUACGGAAGUCUCUGCGAAAGUAUUUCAGUCGACGCUGGGGGAAAGGUGGUAGAUCUCUGUAGUUAUACAAGUAUCCACGAGGCAAGGAUGGCUCCGAAUGAAGACCGAGCCUACGUUGUCAGCCUCGUCCACUUCAAGACAAAAGUACAAAGUAUAAGGAGUGUACUAAUCCGUUUCAGAGCACACUACGAUGCGAGGAGUCUGCAGCUCAGCACCGAGCAAGAUGUCCAACCUAUCACUGGACCGGUCAUUUCCAGUUUCUUUGGCCUGAAUCAAUGUAUGCAAAAGAUGGAGGGCGUUUGGGGGCUAUUUCGGGGAUUCAUCCCUAGCCUUACGCUCCAGGUUGCCAAUCUGAUCUAUAUCCUCUUCUUUCUGAGUGAAGACGACCUCCGGAAUGGCACUCUCGUUCGUUGGGGUGGAUUGGCUCGCUUCUCUACGUCCUACCUGCAGCCAUGCUGUCUCUUCCUCAAGCCAUCCUCACUUACCGGUUUGCUUGCAGCACUCAUGUUACACAUCGCAUAUAAUGUUCUCUUCCCCCGCAAGCUCCGAAUCAAACUCCUUUCUCGCAUGCUGUCAAUUCAGGCUCCGUGGUCUACAUCACAUCUUCCCUUCUCUGCCGGGCGCUUAGUGGUGUGGUUUCUCAACGGCACAAACUUGAUUGACAUUUCUGCCAACACGUUGAUCUUGUUUAACGUCGAAGCCUUUCUUACCGCUGUUGUCCUGACUCCCGUAGAGGUUAAAUCGGUCCGACUGGCAAUCCAGCGUAAUGAUGCAGGACCAAAGCUCGACUCCUCUUCACAAGAAGAGGUCAUUGACUAUGAGAUCACGGUCGAAUACUCCGGCGCUGAGGAGGAUGUCAUAGAACUCAAGGUGGAUAGAGAACCAUACGAGGGUGUUAUUGAUUGCGCUAAGUGCAUAGUCACGGAGGAGGGAUGUCCACUUGACCAGCUCUUGCUCCGACCUGAUGAUGAUCCGAUCGUUAACUUCUCGUGA